GAGGGAUAAUAAGCAAAAUUUUACGAAAAGAAAAAGGGGGAUACGAAAUAACCAUAGUGGAUGCAUCGAAUGAACGCCAAGUAAUUGAUAUUAUCCCUCGAGGCCUAGAACUUCUUGUUUCAGAGGGCGAUUCCAUUAAACUCGAUCAACCAUUAACGAGUAAUCCUAAUGUGGGUGGAUUUGGUCAAGGGGAUGCGGAAAUA